AUGGAGUCGGUUGUUGAGGCGGCCGCCAGUCCAAGUUAUGGAGACUGCGAUGCACCAGGCGCACCAGACAGGCUUAUGCGGAAAGCCGAGACCGUCCUAUGCUCAAGGACAGAUCGCAUCCUAUUGGUCCUGGAGCGCUGCACGGACAACCAAAAUUACCUCGCCUGCCUGCGGACUGCGGAAAUCCUAGGUGUCCAGAAUGUCUGGAUAGUUCUAUCUCCCCGCGGCAUGAAGAACGAGGCCCUGAUUGCGGCAGAUGGCUGGACAUCCGGACAUUUGCCACCACCGCCGAGUGCGUGUCGGCGCUGUUGGCGGAUGGCCGGGAAAUCUGGGCCACGGACCUGGCGCAGGCGAGACGCUAUCUUACUGCACGGCACGGCGCUGUCUCUGCCCGCUCGUUUGGCGGUGGUGAUGGGUCGUGAGGCGGACGGAGUUAGUCGGGAGAUGCUGGCUGCGGCGCACAGGCGUGUGUGUUUGCCCAUGUACGGCUUCAACGACUCCUUCAACCUGUCCGUGGCCACCUCCAUGGUGUUGCACCACCUGUUCCUGUGCUGCCCGGAGGCCCGGGGGGACCUCACCGAGGGGAGGAAGAGGGCGCUGAGGACGGAGUGGUACGGUCGUCUAGCUCGCUCUGACGCCCAGCGGUCCGAGUUCCUGUCCCGGGUGGACAGCCCCCCCCCGCCCUUCAGCGAUGUGAGGAGACCGGACGCACACCGCGCGUCCUGGGUGCCCCCCAAGAUCGCGAGGAAGGAACUGGAACAGGCGGCCAGCUUGGCGGCGCAGCGUCAGGUGCUGCGGGAAGGGGCGGCCUCGGAGGGGGAACAGCUGGAGGAGCAGUAG